GCAAUCUACUCUCAAUAACUCUCACACGCUUUUGUGAAAUACUCCUAUAUAUACUUACGGAUGCUUCACCUCUACAUCACACGCACAAGUUGAAGGCUUCAUAUAUAGUUCUGCAAGAUUGAGCCAUUUCUCCUUAAAGCUACACUUCCCUUUUUUCCUUCAACUAUUUUAGUCUCCAGUACCAUUUUCGGACCGUUAAUCUAUUUUAAAAGUGUUCUUUUUUAAUUGAAUAUUUUCGAAGUCAUGGGAAAUUGCAUAAAGCCAUCAGCAAGACAAGGGCAACAGGAAGAGGAAGAUUUGGAGAAGUAUUCUCAUCAAGAGAAAGAAUUGGAGGCUGGGUUUGGGAAGAAAAGUGAUGAUAUUGAUGAGAAGGGUAGUCUUAAGCUUAAGAUAAUGCUUACAAAGGAGGAGCUGGAGUGGUUGAUGUUUCAGCUAAAGGUUAAUAAAGGGAAGAAGCUAGAAGAUGUUCUGCAAGAGAUUGAAAGAGAGAGAGAAAGAGGAAAAGUUAAAUCUUGGAAACCAUCUUUGGAGAGCAUCUUGGAGAGCCCUGAAGGACUUGAGAUGGAAAGAUUAUGAGUCUUCUCUCUUUGCUGCCUUGAUGUUUUAGUCCUCUUCUAAAUGAGGUUUUUCAUUUGGGUUAUCAUUCACCCAUUUCUUGAGUGAGUUCUCUGUUAGCUUUCUUUAAAAUGUUACAUCAAGAUUAGAUUUGAAUCUUUCAAAAUUUUUUUCUUUGGAAUAAUUCAAAUAGAAAAAGCACAAGUCUCCUAUGAAGAUCAACGGAAACUCUAGCAGACUUUUGUUUGUGACUCUUUGAGUCCAAAAUUCAACAGAGAUUUUUCAACUUAAGUGAGAUGUUUAAUUAAUUAUCAUCAGAAGAGAAGAAAAUUGAGAAAGAGACAGCAUCUAACGUCACAAUGAUCAACAUCAAUGGCAGAAAUUUCACCAGAGUCUUUUGUUUACCAUAUCAAACCUUGAUUAUUCUUAAUUUAAUCUCCUGUUCACACCACCAUUUCAACUAUGGAACUCACAACAUAUGUUUACCAAUCAGCUUCAUACAGUAGUAGUUUUCUCCGCCUUAAAAGUUGGAACUCUGUAAUUAAACUAAUUAAAAAAAAUUAGUUAAUAAUACUAAAAUAAUUAAUUCCACAAUGACGUAGAUUCUAGAGUUAGGUUAAGUCUAGGGAAGAUAGUUAAUUACGUAAAUGUAAACAUGCAACUUUCUGUGCAUGUAAGACAAAAAUCGAUCAUCGGGGCUCAAUAAUGCAACGUUAAAAAAAUCGAUCGCUACGGAACAAAGAUUGUAAUACUCCGUGAUAUUGCCACUAUAGUUUAAUUAUGCAAGAAUGACAUAAUAAUUAUUAUUUAUAAUAUUUUUACUUUUAUUUAUUAGUUGUAAUUUUCAAUAAU